UUAUUCAAAAUUUUUUCUAAAAAUUGUUGCAUUUGGUUUGGUUUUAAAAUUAAGUUUUCCGGUCUCCAUUGCCGACCUCCAUGACCCACCAAGGCACGGCGUCGGGAUGUCGUUCAAUAUUUGGCAUUUAAUAGGUCUACUUUGGCUUCCUUUGGUUGUUCUUAGCGAAGGUAUGGACUUGUCGGACAUAAAUAAGUGUACGCAGUUGCUGGAUACGCAAAAGUUGGCCCACUGCUGCGGCAAGGGCUUCCUGGACAAGUUCAUCUUUGUGGGCAGCAACUGUACGCCGUAUUGGGACGACUACGGACCUUGCCGCUUUGAGUGCCUCUAUAAACACUGGGAUCUGUUCGACGGGGAUAAAAAGAUCAAGAAGGCGCAGUUCUAUACAAUGGUCACAGAAUUGUAUAGUCCUUUAAAUGGCCAUCAUAACUACGGAACCGCCAUGAAGACUGCCCACGAAACCUGCGAGCAACUGGGCACAAAGCACGCUGACUUUGUCAUGCUCUACGCCUACAAGGUAGAUAGUCGCCUGGGCUUGGCCACCUCCAAGUGCCAGCCACACGCCAUGAUCCACGCCCAGUGUCUCAUGGUGCACGUGACCCUGCAUUGUCCGAAAGAGGAGUUCAGGAGCACAGAGAAUUGUCGCGAUCUUCAAAAGGUAAUAUCCAGUUGUGCCGUCAAGCUAAACCUGGAGCGGGUAGAAAACAAGGAUUUAAUGAUGAGCGAUAAGGGCGCCGGGGACGGGUGGCUAAUCUCUGGCGAACUCUGGCUUGUUCUUAUGGUGCCGCUGAGCCUGAUUCUGUGUCAUUUGUAA